AGGCUUGUGGUAGCGUUCCUAGAUAAUGCGACCGAAUCCCAGGUGACCACUGUACUGGACGCCGCCAUCAACAAUCUUCUGAUGGACUUUGCAAAUAUUAUGAUCCCAGAAAUCGAGACAGACACGGUCACUUGGAAUAAGACUAACGAUGCCAUGCAGUUCAUGGCGUAUUCCAUGAGUGCCACGCAGAAGGGCCGUGGAUGGAACUUGCUGAAGCCCACCCUCCUGGCUGCACGGUCAAAUGCAGAUGUCUAUCUGGAGGAGAACAAAUUGCCUCCUUACGACCAAGAAUAGGAGUUGAAUGAGAAAAUAAAUGAUACGAUUAAAUUAGAUUAAAGUCUAAAG